CCAUAUCUUCUUCUUCUUUGUUUUCGAGUCUUAUUCGAUCGGUUAGUUAUUAUGGCAAUCGACACAGCUCUCUCAUCGUCUCCACUCGGCGUGCCUGCCAGUGAGAAAGAUGCGAAGGCGCUUCAGUUUAUUGAAGAGAUGACCAGAAAUGCUGAUUCCGUUCAAGAGAAGGUCUUGGCGGAGAUAUUGAGUCGUAACGCCGACACUGAGUAUCUCCAGCGGUUCAAGCUCCAUGGAGCCACGGACCGAGACACUUUCAAGUCCAAAAUACCUGUUGUUACUUAUGAGGAUCUCCAGCCUGAGAUCCAACGUAUCGCUAAUGGCGAUCGAUCUCCUAUCUUGUCUUCACAUCCUAUCUCGGAGUUCCUCACUAGCUCGGGGACUUCUGCUGGUGAAAGAAAACUGAUGCCGACGAUCGCUGAAGAGUGGGACCGUCGUUGCAUAUUAUACAGCCUUCUAAUGCCUGUGAUGAAUCUGUAUGUGCCCGAUCUGAACCAGGGGAAGGGGCUAUACUUUUUAUUUGUGAAGGCAGAAGCCAAAACCCCAAGUGGACUGGUGGCACGCCCAGUGCUCACAAGCUACUACAAGAGUCAACAAUUCCGGACCAGAUCAUAUGACCCUUACAACGUCUACACAAGCCCAAACGAGGCAAUUCUCUGUGCCGAUUCCUUCCAGAGCAUGUACACGCAAAUGCUCUGCGGCCUACUUAUGCGCGAAGAAGUUCUCCGCCUCGGUGCAGUUUUCGCCUCUGGCCUAAUUCGAGCCAUCAAGUUCCUCCAAUUGAACUGGAAAGAGCUCGCACAAGACAUCUCCACUGGCACCUUAAACCCUAAAAUCACCGAUCCUUCUAUCCGAGAAUGCAUGACUAAAAUCCUCAAACCGAACCAGGAGCUCGCUGAAUUUAUAACCAAAGAAUGUUGUGAAGAGAAGUGGGAAGGUAUAAUCACACGAAUCUGGCCCAAAACUAAAUAUCUGGAUGUGAUUGUGACAGGUGCCAUGGCCCAGUACAUCCCCACACUUGAUUAUUAUAGUGGUGGAUUACCGACUCCUUGCACUAUGUACGCUUCGUCGGAGUGCUAUUUUGGCCUGAAUUUGAAACCAAUGUCCAAGCCAUCAGAGGUCUCGUACACAAUCAUGCCAAACAUGGGCUACUUUGAAUUCCUACCUUAUGAGUCGCCGGCUCCGGCUCUCUCUCGCGAGUCUCCGCCACGACUGGUAGAUCUCGCGGAUGUUGAGGUCGGAAAAGAUUAUGAACUUGUGAUUAGCACUUAUGCUGGACUCUGCCGGUACCGAGUCGGGGACAUCCUCCGAGUCACAGGAUUUCACAACUCGGCUCCGCAAUUCCAGUUCAUUAGAAGGAAGAACGUUUUAUUGAGCAUUGACUCAGAUAAGACCGACGAGGCUGAGCUCCAAAAGGGAAUCGAUAACGCGUCGUUGCUGUUGAAGGAAUGCAAUACCAGCGUAGUGGAGUAUACGAGUUAUGCGGACACGAAGGCGAUUCCGGGACACUACGUGAUAUUCUGGGAGUUGCUCGUUAAAGAUCCGGAAAAUGCGCCGAGCGACGAGGUUUUGAAUCAGUGUUGUUUGGCAAUGGAGGAGUCGUUGAACUCGGUGUAUCGACAAGGACGAGUUGCAGAUAACUCAAUUGGACCGUUGGAGAUAAGGGUAGUGAAAAACGGCACGUUUGAGGAGCUAAUGGAUUACGCAAUCUCUCGCGGUGCGUCGAUUAACCAAUACAAGGUGCCACGGUGCGUCAGCUUUACGCCUAUUAUGGAACUACUUGACUCGCGAGUUGUUUCGGUGCAUUUCAGCCCAGCUUUGCCACACUGGACCCCAGAACGCCGUCGUUGAAUGCAUGGAAACCAAAGUAUCUGUGUGGAUAUCAACAAAAAAGGGAUAGACCAACGUACAGUGACUGUCAUGGUUUUAGCUUUGUUUAUGUGUCUAGAACUAUAUCUCUUUUGCUUUUGAAAUCUGCAGUACUGUCUCUCUGCAUAAUAAGUUGAUAGAACCUGUACGCGCAUGAUGUCUCUUUUGUUUGUCUGUCUUUUGUUAAGGUCAAGAAAUUAAAGAUGUUAAAGUGUGCAGGUGUGUUGGAGUAA